AUGGCAUCAACCUCAGGCGAGAAGAGUAUCUCUGCCUAUGGAGAGACUCGUUCAACUGUCCAAGGCAAGCCCCUUGACGCUGAGACUGUCCGCAAGCUGAACGCCUAUUUUCGAGCCAGUAUGUAUCUGUGUCUAGGUAUGCUAUACCUUCGUGACAACCCGCUUCUCAAAGAACCUCUGAAGUUGGAGCAUCUCAAAGCUCGACUGUUAGGUCACUGGGGUUCGGAUGCCGGGCAGUCUUUUACCUGGAUGCACAUGAACCGUCUCAUUAAGAGGUAUCACCUUGACGUUCUCUUUGUAUCCGGCCCCGGACAUGGCGCACCUGGAAUCCUGUCACAAUCCUACCUUGAGGGUGUUUACUCGGAAGUCUACCCGGAUAAAGCUGAGGAUACGGAGGGCAUGAAGAAGUUCUUCAAACAAUUUUCUUUUCCUGGUGGGAUUGGAAGCCACGCGACUCCCGAGACUCCUGGCAGUAUCCACGAGGGGGGUGAGCUGGGAUAUUCAAUCUCCCAUGCCUUUGGAUCCGUGUUUGACAAUCCCAAUCUCAUCACUUUGACCAUGGUCGGAGACGGCGAGUCCGAAACCGGCCCACUUGCAACUAGCUGGCACAGCACAAAGUUCCUCAAUCCGAUCACCGAUGGAGCGGUCUUGCCUGUUCUCCAUCUCAAUGGAUAUAAAAUUCACAACCCGACGGUGCUUGCGCGCAUUAGCCACGAGGAGCUUUCGUCUUUGCUCGUUGGCUAUGGAUGGAAACCCUACUUUGUGGAGGGUAAUCAAUUCGAUACCAUGCAUCAAGCCAUGGCGAUUACACUAGAACAAUGUGUCACAGAGAUCAAGGAGCACCAAAAGAAAGCGCGAGAGACAAAGGUUCCGUUCCGACCUCGCUGGCCAAUGAUCGUUCUUCGAACCCCUAAGGGAUGGUCGGCUCCACGAGAGGUUGAUGGACAUCUUCUCGAGGGGUUUUGGCGCGCGCACCAAAUCCCUAUUACAGAUGUGCGCACUAAUCCGCCCCAUCUCAAGUUGCUAGAAGCAUGGAUGAAAGGGUACAAGCCAGGAGAACUCUUCGACAACCAUGGCAAGUUGAUUCCGGAACUCAGGGAACUUGCACCCACAGGUACCUCUCGGAUGAGCGCCAACCCCGUUGGUAAUGGGGGUCUUAUCCGCAGACCGCUAAAUCUGCCGGAUUUCAGAGACUAUGGAUUCAUGGAUAUUGAGCCAGGCUCUACUGUCAAGGGAGGCAUGGCCAAUAUGGCGAAGUUCCUUCGCGAUGUGGUCGCUCAGAACAUGCAUAAUUUUCGACUCUUUGGGCCCGAUGAGACAGAAUCCAACAAACUUUCCGAAGUUUACAAAGUAGCAAAGAAGGUCUGGAUGGGAGAGUAUUUCGAAGAAGAUAAGGACGGGGGAAACUUGGCUCCCGAUGGCCGCGUGAUGGAAAUCCUCAGUGAACAUACCUGUGAAGGGUGGAUGGAAGGAUACAUUCUUUCUGGGCGACACGGACUCCUCAACAGUUAUGAGCCGUUCAUUCAUGUCAUCGACUCUAUGGUCAAUCAACAUUGCAAGUGGCUCGAGAAGUGUCUCGAAGUAGAAUGGAGAGCCCGAAUCGCAUCUCUCAACAUCCUUAUCACCGCCACUGUAUGGAGGCAAGACCACAAUGGCUUCACUCACCAGGACCCCGGAUUCCUUGAUGUGAUCGCCAACAAGAGCGCUGAAGUUGUUCGCAUUUACCUCCCACCGGACGGCAACACCCUCCUCUCAGUGAUGGACCAUUGUCUCCGUACCGUCAACUACGUGAACGUGAUCGUCGCUGACAAACAAGAUCACAUUCAGUUCUUGAACAUGGAUGAAGCGGUGCAGCACUGUACCAAAGGCCUCGGAAUAUGGGACUGGGCCAGCAACGACCAAGGCGUAGAGCCGGAUAUCGUGAUUGCAUCCUGUGGUGAUGUUUCCACCCACGAAGCCCUCGCCGCAACGGCACUUCUGCGCGAGUAUCUCCCACAGCUCAAAAUCCGAUUCGUCAACGUGGUGGAUCUUUUCCGAUUGAUGUCCGCCAUUCAUCAUCCCCAUGGAAUGACCGAUAAAAAGUGGAAGGCGAUCUUCACCGUCGACAAGCCCAUUUUAUUCAACUUCCACUCCUAUCCCUGGCUCAUUCAUCGACUCACAUACAAGCGUCCCGGUCAACACAACCUACAUGUGAGAGGAUACAAGGAGAAAGGUAACAUCGAUACACCAUUUCAGCUGGCCAUGCGCAACUCCACCGACCGAUACAGCCUUGCCGUGGGUGCGAUUGACUUGAUGGAAUCCCUUGGAAACACAGCAUCCAGUAUUAGAGAGCAUCUGAUUCGUGAACAGCUCGCGGCCAAGGCUGAUGCUUGGGAUAAUGGCAUUGAUCCUGAACAUAUCCGGAACUGGAAAUGGCCUUGGUCGAAAAAGCAACACGCCAUAAGGCUUCAGGGUGCUCUAUAA